AUGCUUUGCGCGCGGAAUGGCGGGCAGUGACAUGAAGUGGUAAACUGUUGUGUUUAUCCUAUCGCCCGUAACAUAAGUAAUACAGAAUGUCGUCGUUUGUUACAGAAGUGCUCGCCAGCUCAGGUAAACUGGAGAAGGAUGACCUCGCCUGCAAAAUCUCCAAACUGUCGCGAAAAGUGGAGGCAACGAAGGAAGAGGUUACUGACAUGAUAAAUAAAAAGUAUACAGAGUUCAUGUCCAGUAUGGAGGCAGCAGAUGAGCUCGUGGACCAGGUUGAAUCCGUUUCUAAAGACAUAGAUCUAUUAAAAAGCUGUAUUGAGAAUGAGGUUAAGCAGAAUCUCCAUGAUGCUGUAACCGAGUACGGCAAACUGAAACAGCAGCUAGAGAAGAACACUACGGUUAUAGGCAUGCUCCAGCAUCUCCAAGAGUUUGACACGGCAAUGGAGGAAUAUCACAAAGCACUACAAGAAAAGAACUAUGUAGUAGCAGCCAAGCAGCAUGGAACAGCUCAAGCUAAUGUUGAUGCCCUGAAAGCCUGGAAGGAUACAGAGUUACCUUUAUCACAGGCCCUUAGCUCAGAGAUCACCAUACAGAGAGAAAACCUCAUCUACCACCUCGGAGAGGAGUGGAAAAAACUGGCAGUAUGGAAGCUUCCUUCUACCAAAGAGCUCACUAGCAUGAAGUCUUUCCUGACAACAGCGCUUCAUUUGAACACAGGAGCAUGCAAGGCAGAUGGCUCUGUUCCAGAUCCUCUUCUCUCCAGUAUUCUCCAGGCCCUCUCAGUCCAAGGAGAGCUCCAUAAAAAGAUUAAACUAUUUGGACAGGUGUUGUUUAAGUACAUGCUGAAGCCUCUGAUCUUAUACCCAUCGUUGGUGGUGGAAGUGAAUAGUCAGCCUGAGCAGGGCAUAGUCCUGAGCCUGCACUGCGAAGAAACCAAAGCAGAGCAUCCAAAUCCUAGCCAGGUUUACACCAAAGUGCUCACUGUCCUUACAACGCUUCAUAAACAACUUUUUGAUGUGCCUGUAGGUGAAAAGAAAGUGUCUGAGAUUUUAGGAGACCUGAUAUGGGAGGAGAUGUCAGACUGCCUCAUUUGUGAUUGCUUGGUUCAUUCCAUACCGACUAACAGUAGUCAGCUAGCCGAGUAUAGCGCGGUUAUUAAACAGACCGAGGAGUUUGAGAGCAGUCUGAAACAAAUGGGGUACCUCACAGGAGACUCAACAGACCUCUUGAAAUACGCCAGGAACGUCAACUGUCACUUCGCCAGCAAAAAAUGCCAGGAUGUCAUUGUGUCUGCACGGAAACUGAUGACAUCGGAUAUGCACAACACAGUGAAAAUCACUCCCGAGUACAAACUUUCUAUCCCUAAACUACCAAAUCCUGCUGGAGGAGAGAAGGAAAAGAAGGAGUUGAUUAAGAAAAGUGGCUAUCGCAAUCAGCAGACCCUGGAGAAUGAAAAGCAGUUGAGUCGGCACACUCUGUGCCUGCCUGUAUGUCGUAUUAGUGAAUCAGUGCAGCAGCUAAUGGACUUGGCGAUACACACUCUGUCUGAGGCAGUGGGAAGCUCCCCCCAGUGUGCAGUCCAACUUUUCUACACUGUCCGAAACAUUUUUCACCUUUUUUAUGACGUCGUGCCUACAUAUCACAAGGAAAACUUUCUGAAGUUGCCUCACUUGGCUGCCAUCGAGCACAAUAACUGCAUGUUCAUCGCUCACCACCUGUUAACCUUGGGCCAUCAGUUCAAACCUCACCUUCCUUUGAAAGAUGGAGUGGCAUAUUUCGUAGACAUGGUCCCAGGCUUCAGAAGAUUGGGUGCUCGGUGCUUUGUGGCACAAAUGAAUGUUCAAAAAGCAGAGAUGUUGGAGAGGCUGUCCACGGCACGUAACUUCUCCAACUUGGAUGAUGAAGACAAUUACUCUGUAGCCAGCAAGGCAAUCAGACAAGUAAUUCACCAGCUAAGGAGGUUGGGAAAAGUUUGGCAAGAUGUAUUGCCUGUGAACAUAUACUGUAAAGCCAUGGGAACACUGCUCAACACUGCAAUAUGCGAGCUGAUUAAUAAGAUUAUGAUGUUGGAGGACAUCUCAAAUGAGGAUGGUGACCGACUGAGAACACUGUGUCAGACCAUCAUCGAGGAAGGGCCGCUGGUCUUCACCCCAUUGCCAGAUGAGAACAAGAAUAAAAAAUAUCAGGAAGAGGUUCCAGUCUAUGUAAAGAAAUGGAUGACCUUAAAAGAGCUCUCUAUUGUGCUGAAUGCUAGCCUGCAGGAGAUAGUGGACAGGUGGGCUGAAGGAAAAGGGCCUCUGGCAGUGGAAUUUUCUUGCAAUGAGAUGAAAAGUCUUAUUCGUGCCUUGUUCAAGAACACAGAGAGACGAGCAGCGGCCCUCACUAAAAUUGUCAAAUAGACAGACAACAAACCAAUGCACUUCCAAUAUAAUAAUGCCAUAUGGGGCUUUUUCUUGCAAAUACUGUAUCUAUUUUUCUAUUUUGCUGAAAAUGCAUAACAAUAAAUGCUGUUCUA